UUUGCGUUUACUUCCGCCCGGCCUCCCCUGACUGCUAGGAGAUGGUGCACGUGGGGUGCAGUGCUGGGGCUUCGCCGCUCUGCUGAUCCUCGGUGGUCGUUGGGGUGGAGCCUAGAAUCCAAGAUGUGGGGAAGGGCGGCGGGUCUUCCCCCGCGGCUGCCGGUGUCCUUGCUGGCGGGCCCUGGUCGCUGUUGCGUUUUGAGGGCCGAAGCAGGGACGCGGAAGGACUUGCGGGCGAGGAACCGCCGUGGCUUCUCCGAUUACCACCCACAGCAUUUGCCCGACCUGGGUUUCGAAGACUUAACCUCGUGGAUACCUAAAGGGCGAUCCGACCCCAAGCGUUACGUAACCAGUCGGCAUUUGGCUAAUACCGUGGCAAAUAUCAUGCAGGACAAACGACAAAACAGGGAUCAACUUUUGCUGGAGUUCAACCCAGGUCCUGGGAUCCUGACUCAGGCAUUACUUGAAACUGGUGUCAAAGUGGUUGCACUUGAAAGUGACAAAGCUUUUAUUCCACAUUUGGAGUCCUUAAGGAAAAUAUGGAAUGAAAAUCUACAAGUGAUUCACUGUGACUUCUUCAAAUUAGACCCCAGAAAUGAUGACGUAGUAAGACCACCCGUUAUGCUGUCACAUACACUCUUUCAGAACUUGGGAAUAAAACCAGUUCAUUGGACAGCAGGUAUUCCUUUAAAAAUAAUUGGAGUCUUUCCAAUUAAAAAUGAAAGAAAUGCACUUUGGAAACUUCUAUAUGAUUUGUAUGCCUGUACAUCUAUCUAUAGAUAUGGCCGAGUAGAACUAAAUAUAUUUAUUAGUGAAAAAGAAUUCCAGAAACUAGUGGCAACGCCUAAAACACCAGACUUGUAUCAAGUAUUAAGUGUGCUGUGGCAAGUGGCUUGUGAAAUUAAGGUCCUACAUGUGGAACCUUUGUCGUCGUUUAAUACAUUUACUGAAUAUGGGCAACUGUCACAGCCAAAGCACAAGGAACCAUUGCACCCAAAAGGAGAAAACCUGUAUUUUAUUCGCAUGACUCCUCAUAUAAAUUUAUUCACAGAACACUUAAGUCCUAUUAACUAUGAUAUAUUUUUUCACAUGGUAAAGCACUGUUUUGGAAAACGUAAUGCCACAUUAAUUCAUCAUUUACAUUCACUGAGUUCGGUGGAUACGGUAGAUAUACUGAAGAGUAUGAAAGAAGCAAAGAUGAAAAUAACUCAGAUACACCCUAGACAAUUUAAACGCCUCUUUGAAAUUGUGGAGUGUUCCAAAGGUUAUACUUACAAGUGGCUCUAUGAUGACAGCUUGGAAGAUGUGACAAUAUAAGGACAUGGACUGUUAAGACAUUUGUUGGAGCAGAUUAUGUGGAAAUUAUGACACAAAUGAAAAAACUAAACUUGAAAAACUCACAUCCCUUCAUCAGAAUGUAACUGUUGUGGUUUGGCACAGGCUGGACAAAACUUUACUUUUGCAGUUGAUAUCAUUGAUACAUUAGAUAAAACUGUGGCUGCUAUUUUAUUCACAACUAAAUAAAAUGGAAAAAAACAAAAAAAAACUUCAGUUAACUAUGGACUUGAUCU